AACCGUGGGCUGCACUUCUGCAGGAAUGUGAGCGAAAAGUGAGAAUGGAAGAAGGAGCAGGUGAAAGUCACUAGUGGGGAAAGUAGGAUAGGCCAUGGAAAGAGGGGAUAUGGUGAUGGGCAGAACGUAGCUCGCCCCCUUCACACCCAGCUGGCACCUUCAUACAGGGCACCAUGGACCCCCGCAGCUUUUUCUCCAUUACCCCCACUCUCUGUUAUCACACAUGGCACCCAGCCCUCCUCCCCCUCACUCACACAUCCCAGAUGGAUUACAGCCUCACAGGAUGAUGAGAAGAAGAAGCUUUCCUCCGAGCUCCGCUAUUACACCAGAUUCCAUGGGCUGUAGGCUACGAAGAAGCUUCGGUGUCCUCCUCUCCAUGUCCUGUCUCUGGUUUCUGGCAGCCACAACCUCCUACACCAAGCACAAUGUCCAGAUGCCCGACCUGUCUCCGCUGUGGCCCCCGCACUAUCAGUACUUCACAGACAGCAGCCAGCUGCCCGUCAUCUCUGGGGGGACCUGCCGGGUUGUGUCCGCUCAUCGCUGCUGUAACAGGAACCGCAUUGAGGAGCGAUCGCAGACCGUACAGUGUUCCUGCCUGCCGGGAAAAGUGGCAGGGACAACCCGGGACAAGCCUUCUUGUGUGGACGCUUCCAUCGUGAUGGGGAAGUGGUGGUGCGACAUGGAGCCCUGUCUGCAGGAGGAAGAAUGUCAGACCCUUCCUGAUAACUCUGGCUGGAUCUGCUUCCAGGGGGGCCGCAUAAAGACCACCAAGAUUCACCCAAGAUACUGAAAAUGGAGCGAAUAGUGACGUAAAGCGACGUCCCGAUACAAGUACGCGGUUCUAUGGACAUUCCGCCUUUGUCAUCCGCUAUGGCGGUAUUAUCUGCUGUUUGUAUGAGGGAUAAUGACUGAUGGGACAAAUGGAAAUAAACAUAAGUCCUGUGUG